ACUACCGCCGUAGAUGGGGUAGAAAGCAAACAUGAGAUUCCAGUUCCGAAUCAGAAUAAAUACGCUGUGCGAUUGCAUUAUACCAGUCACGAAAUUGACUGCUCUCUAAAAUAGCAACAACUUUUCUACUCUUCUCAGCAUUCACGUGCGCAACGAUGGAAUCUACUCUCCAGCAACUGAUUGAGUCGCUCAAAGCAGCAUCGCGGGAUCUUAGUGGCAACCAACAUGAGCAAUUACAAACCAAGCUGCACAACACAGACAAGCUUCCUGAUCGGAACGUUUUCUUGCUAGCGUCUGAAGCCUUGAACCUUCUUUCUGAAGUACGGCUACUACUAGAGCCCGGGCCUUUGAUAUUGGCUGAUCACUUCAUGGGGUACAUGAGCACAAAGGCAUUGUGUGCUGUUGUGGAUUUGAACAUCCCUGAUAUUCUGAGAUCAACAUCACAAGGGGUAUCUAUACCAGAACUGGCAAAGCUGUGUCAUGCGCGACCCGACCGUCUCCGCCAAAUCAUGCAAACCCUACACAACAAUGGGAUUUUUGCAUAUCAUGCGGACACAGCCCAGUAUAGCAAUAACCACGUGUCGACGCUGCUGUUGUCUGAUCACUGGACUCAAUGGCGAAAUUGGGUAGAGCUCUACGGCAACGAGUUCUACGAGAUGGCCUGUGGCAUCCCCGCGGCCUGUCGGGAAGACGCUACGCGAAACCCGGCACAGGUCGCCUUCGACACCGAUGAUACAAUGUUCAAGUAUUUCAACGACCAAGGCUGGAUUGCCAGGUUCCAAGCUACUCUCGGCGGAGGCGCUAUAGCCCAGGCCCCGGGAAUCGUGGAGGACUAUCCUUGGGACGACGUGGCCGAAUGUCGAGUCGUAGAUAUCGGGGGAGGGGGUGGCGGACUGAUAACGUCGCUUCUCCGCAGGUACAGCACUAUGAAAGGAGCUAUCUUUGACGUGCCGUGGGUAAUCGAACAAGCGAGGAAGAACAUUCACGAAUCCACGGGCCCUUAUGCUGACGUCGCUGAUCGGAUUCCCUUGGUAGACCUCGUUGCCGGCGAUUUCUUCCGCGAGGUGACACCCUCAGAGGUGUAUACCAUCAAAUGGUGCCUUCACGACUGGGACGACAAAGAGUCAGCCAUCAUCCUGAGAAAUGUUCGAAAAGCGAUUAUACGAAGCCCUAAAUGUCGCCUGGUUAUCCUUGAGAGUGUCCUAGCGGAUGGGCACAUGGGGCGAAUGUCGAGGUAUGGCGAUAUGAAUAUGAUGGUUGCUGUCGGGGGAAAGGAAAGGACCGAGAUGGAAUGGGGACAGUUAGCCAUGGAUACCGGAUGGCAAUUGAGAGAGAUAUUUCCACUGAGGAACGCCUGGCCAUGUGCGAUUGAGUUCGUGCCUGUCUGGGGCGACACCGCGACAUAAUGAACAUUCGCUGUCUCAGGAGGAUGUCACUACGCACCCGCGAUCUAGAUGAGCAAGCUAUCGAGUCCAACAAAUUUAUAUUCCU